AUGAGGCUGUUGGACCAGUUGCUUUAUGUGGUGGUAGCGGCGGCCGUGUUUUCCCUGCCGUGUCACGGAGAGGACAAGUGUGCAGGAGCUCCGGGGAUCCCCGGGACGCCAGGAGCGAAUGGGUUGCCUGGGAGAGAUGGAAGGGAUGGUAUGAAAGGAAACCCCGGACCACCAGGUCCUAUGGGACCCCCGAAUGGCUUGCCAGGAGCCCCUGGAAGAGAUGGACUUCCUGGUCCAGAAGGGGGAAAAGGGGAGCCAGGCGAGAAGGGAGACAGAGGAGAAACUGGACCACAAGGUCUUCCUGCUUCUCUUGACCCGGAAGUGCAGAAGGUCCUCAGACAUCUGAGGCAGAAAGUCCUACGUCUUGAAGGAGUCCUUGCUUUGGAAAGAAUGAUAACUAAAGUCGGAGACAAAAUACUUGCUACCGAUGGGAAAGAAGUGGAUUUUGAAACCACGCGCCAAACGUGUCUAAAUGCCGGGGGCUCGGUUGCAACCCCCCAGAACGAAGCAGAGAAUGAAGCCAUUCUGGGUAUCGUGAAAGAGAGAAAUCGAUACGCCUACCUGGGAAUGAAGGAGGGCCCAGUGCCAGGGGAAUUCCUUUAUUUGGACGAGUCAUCUCUGAACUAUACAAACUGGCGUCGCUAUGAACCAAAUGGCAACGGAGCGGAAAACUGUGUGGAGAUGUACACGGACGGCGGGUGGAAUGACAAAAAGUGCAACCAGUAUCGCCUCACCAUUUGUGAAUUCUAA